AUGACAGACUUGCGAACGCAGGAAAUUAAGAACCCUGUCGAUGUUGCUGAGUACCUCUUCAAACGCCUUCAUGAAGUCGGCGUUCGCUCCGUUCACGGUCUGCCCGGCGACUAUAAUCUCGUAGCGCUCGACUACAUCAAGCCUGCCGGCCUCCACUGGGUUGGCAACUGCAAUGAAUUAAACGCAGGCUAUGCUUCUGACGGUUACGCACGUGUAAAAGGCAUAUCCGCUAUCGUCACAACUUUCGGUGUGGGUGAGCUUUCCGCAGUCAACGCUAUUGCCGGAGCGUAUUCCGAAUACGUCCCAAUUGUGCACAUUGUCGGAUAUCCCACCACAGCGGCACAGAAGAACGGACUUUUGCUUCACCACACGCUCGGAAAUGGCGACUUCAACGUCUUCUCGAAGAUGUCGACGCAGAUCUCUUGCGCAGUUUCCAUGUUGAACCACCAGCAUGAGGCGGCUACCUUGAUCGACAAUGCGAUUCGUGAGUGCAUCUUGCAGUCGAGGCCCGUCUACAUUGCGCUCCCGACGGAUAUGGUCCAAAAGAAGAUCGACGGCGAUCGGCUCAAGACGCCCCUGGACCUAUCUUAUCCGCCAAACGACCCCGAGAAGGAGGAUUACGUUGUGGAUGUAGUUCUCAAGUAUCUGCAUGCAGCCAAAAACCCAGUCAUCUUAGUCGACGCCUGUGCGAUCCGCCACCGAGCAUUGAAAGAGACACACGAAUUCGUCGAGAAGUCUCGCAUACCAGUCUUCGUCGCGCCAAUGGGCAAGGGAGCUGUGAACGAGACUCUGCCCAACUAUGGCGGUGUAUAUGCCGGCGACGGCAGCAACAAGGGCGUACGCGAGCGUGUCGAGUCUGCGGACCUGGUAAUCUCUAUUGGCCCCAUCAAGUCAGACUUCAACACUGCUGGCUUCACCUACCGCGUGUCCCAGCUCAAUACUAUCGACCUCCACAGCUACGCAGUCAAAGUGCGAUAUUCCGAGUACCCGGGCGUGCGGAUGAACGGCGUGCUGAAGAAGGUGACGGAGAAGCUGGGCAAGCUCAACAUCGAGCACGGACCGAAGCCGGAGAAUAAGAUCCCGAACGACGAAGUCAAGUCACCAGAGCCGACGAUCACACAAGCAUGGUUCUGGCCGCGCCUGGGCCAGUGGUUACAGCCCAAGGAUGUCGUUAUCACUGAGACGGGUACGGCGAACUUCGGUAUAUGGGAGACGAGGUUCCCUGACGAUGUGAUUGCCAUCUCGCAGGUGCUUUGGGGCAGUAUAGGCUACGCUACGGGUGCAUGCCAGGGUGCUGCUCUUGCCGCGAAAGAGAUGGGCAUCAAAAGGACGAUUUUGUUCACUGGUGAUGGUUCAUUCCAGCUGACUGCGCAAGAAGUCAGCACAAUGCUCCGCAACAAGCUGAAUCCCAUAAUCUUCGUCAUCUGCAACAACGGAUAUACCAUCGAAAGAUUCAUCCACGGAAUGAAAGACUCGUAUAACGACAUUCAAGAGUGGAAGUACAAAGACCUGCCAGCGGCUUUUGGUGCAUCAAAAGACCAGUAUCAGACCUACCGUGUGGAAACCAAGAAGGAAGUAGAAGAGCUAUUUAUGGACAAGGAAUUCUCGAGCGGCGACAACCAGAAGCUGCGGUUCGUCGAGCUGGUGAUGCCGUGGGACGAUGCGCCUGCAGCACUGAAGUACACCGCGGAAGCAGCAGCGCGGACGAAUGCUGCACCUUCGGAUUCGUGA